AUGGCUGGCGGACUGGACUUGGAUGGAUACAUUAUGCCUGUGCAAGCUUGGAAUCGAAUAAAGGUCCAUGAGAAGUUUUCGCGAAUGACGCGUGGCAAGCUGGAACAGUUAGAAGCGUCUAUGAGGCCUCAUAUCAAGUGUCAAGGAUUUGCCGCAAUCGUGGAAGAGCCCAUCUUCGAGAUUUUGUUAACCCAAAUUCUCAAUCAAUGA